AUGACGACCCCCACCCCCAAUGAUCUAAGUUUUUCUCGGGCACCAUCUCCAGAGCUUCCCGCACGUCUCAAUAUUGUUUUGCAACCCCCAAAUCCUAUCAUUCGUCAAGCCCUUGCCGACACAGCGCCCCCAAAUGCGAACAUACCCGAAAAUGUGAAGAAUUGGGUAGUUGAUCUGGUCACAAACGUGGUGGAAGAGAUGCGUCAACAAAUGGUGGCGCACUAUGAAAAUCUCAUCCAGCGUCAAGCGCAUACAAUGGAGCGUAACACCACGGAGUUUCACAAUCGGACGGUCUUCUUAGACCAACAUCGUCAACAAUCCGAGUCUCGAAUCUCAGACUUGGAGAAAACCUCGUCAGCCUUAUUCGAGGACAACAAGGCUACUAACGAAUCGUUGGUGGCAUUUGACGAUGAGAUCAAGGAUCUCCAAACCAGAAUGGAAGACCUGAAGAAAUCACACGAUCGACUUCGCGCAUGGGCAUCAACGCAGGGACGGAAAGCAGGGCAAGGCGGUACCAAUGUCGACGACACGGACGACGACGAUGAGCCGUCGUUUGGUCGCAAGGGUAAAGGCGUAAAAAUUGACCAACCAGAAAAAUAUGGUGGCAAUAAGGACGGAGUCAAUCCCGACGAUUGGCUCGAACAAGUAAUGCUCUGGUUAAAAUAUACCGGACAUAUCAAAGACGAGUCCAAAAUUAUGUCUACCCUCUUGCUCCUGAAGGGAGGAGCACGCGAAUACAUGCGGCAUUGGAUUACCGAAAUCAACGAAAACAACAAGGCACCAGGAACUUGGGUGGAGUUCGUCUCAGAACUUCACAUGGCAUAUGAAUCAUUGGAUAAGGAUGACAAGAAGCGAACGGAGUUAGAAGCCUUCGCAACCGGUACAGGCUUCUCGGAUCAAGACUUGAUCGAAAAGAUCAAGAAACAUAUUCCGGAGAAAACGUGGCUGCUCAUGCUGGCGGACACGACUAAGGACAACUGGCCCAAGAAGUGGACCGAGUUCCUUACAUUCGCACUCCGGAUAUUCACAUCACUACAACGAGAAGGCCACCAUGCCAAGGCCGAAACCAAGGACCCGAAUGCUAUGGAGGUUGACGCAGUCGGGAAGAAGGGGAAGAGUAAAUCGGGCAAAGCGCGAAGCGUGCAAGACGACAAGUUGGUAUGUGCCAACUGCAAGAAGAACAAGCCAACGUUCUUCAAAUCGUCAAAACGUUUCGGCAAGUAUUGCACCGAUUGUUUCAAACUGGACCAUGUCAAGAGACGGAUUGAGAAGGAGAAGGAGGCAGCCGCGAAGAAGAAGGAUGUGAAAAAGAAGGACGACGUCAGGAACAAAUCCAAGUCGUCCAAGACGCGACAAGUAGCAUCGGAUUCCGCUUCAUCCGAUAGCGAAAUGGACACGGACAGUGGUCCCGAAGUCAAGAAGCACAAGAGCUCUUCCUCUAAGACUAAGGGGAAGGGUAGGAGACAGCUGCGCAUAUCAGCGACUGCAGCAUCCACUCGGAAAGCGAGCCUGAUGCAUCCGAGUCGGACGAAGAUUUCGCCGCGAUCCUCUCGAGGCUCAGGCGCCUGA